CUCGGGCUUUAAUUCAACCAGUAUAGAGCUGAAGUUGUUAAAUUCUUUGCCAGCAUUUGUAGCUAAAAUGUAUUUUAGCUACAAAUGCUGAACUGAUGAAUGAAUGAAAAAGAAAUACAGCUUUUGUUUGCAUAAGGCUGUGUGAGGAAAAACAGGUUUGACACCAAAAAAAGCCUAUUUGCACUUCACAUUUGAGAAGUUACUCAUUCAUCAUUCCCUGUGUGUCUGUCCUCUGGAUUAAUUAUUAUUCUGUUCAUUUGCUUACGUUUCAGGUCAUAAAAGGAGCACAUCAGAAACACCUUGCAUGGGGGAGGGGUGCCCUAGACCCCCCCUCCUCUCCUCCAUCUCCUCUCUCUCUCCUCCUCCUCCUCCUCUCCAUCCCCUCCUCCUCCUCCUCCUCCUCUCCCUCUCUCCCUCCUCCUCCGCCUCCCUCCCACCUUGCCUCCAUGUCUCUGUGGCGCACACAUUCCCUGGCUCACUCGGACACCGGCUAUCGGCACCUCCUGACAGCCACCUCCUCACCACAGUCUGCGUCUGACAGCAGCGGUAGCCUCUUUUCAUUUUCUUGUCGCCAUUGUGUUGUGCCCUGCAAGAGAAGAACCAUGAACAUAAUGGAGGACAAAGAGGAGCGAGGGCUGGACUUCAAACGCCUGCUGAAGAAGAACUGGCUGCUGAUAGCUACAGUUGUGUCAGUGAUGCUCGGGAUCAGCUUGGGUCUCGUGGUCAGAGAAUACACCUCGCUGUCUCACCUCGACAAACAGUAUUUCGGCUUUCCCGGAGAGAUCCUCAUGAGGAUGCUGAAGCUGGUCAUUCUUCCUCUCAUCAUAUCCAGCAUGAUAACAGGUGUUGCUGCUCUGGACUCGGAGGUGUCAGGGAAAAUCGGUCUGCGCGCUGUCAUUUAUUACUUCUCAACAACAAUCAUCGCAGUUGUCUUGGGGAUCCUUCUAGUGAUGACCAUAAAACCAGGAGUCUCUCAAACCGCGGACCACAUCGACAGAGCUGGGACCACGCCUGAUGUCACCACAGUGGACACACUACUGGACCUCAUCAGAAACAUGUUCCCGGAGAAUCUGGUGCAGGCGUGUUUCCAGCAGUACAAGACCAAACGUAAAGAGCUGGAGAUGACCAAAGCAGAGACAAAUUCUUCCACUACGAUACCUCCUCUGGCCAAUGCCAUCUUGGCCGCUGUCCAGAAUAUCACCAAGGACUACAAGCUGGUGGGCUCCUACUCAGACGGCAUCAACGUUCUGGGCCUUAUCGUGUUCUGCGUGGCGUUCGGGCUGGUGAUCGGAAAGAUGGGGGAGAAGGGGAGGAUCCUGCUGGAGUUUUUUGACGCUCUCAACGAAGCCACAAUGAAACUGGUGCAUAUUAUUAUGUGCUACAUGCCAGUCGGGAUCAUGUUCCUCAUUGCGGCGAAGAUCAUCGAAGUGGAAGACUGGGAGAUCUUCAGGAAGAUGGGGCUGUACAUGGUGACUGUGCUGAGCGGCCUGGCCAUCCAUGCCUUGUUCUGCCUGCCUCUCAUCUACUUCAUCAUCGUGAGGAAGAACCCGUUCACAUUUACUCUGGGCAUGGCUCAAGCUCUGGUCACAGCACUGAUGAUCUCCUCCAGUUCUGCCACGCUGCCUGUCACCUUCCGAUGUGCCGAAGAGAACAACCAAAUAGACAAGCGCAUCACUCGCUUCGUUCUCCCAGUGGGCGCCACCAUAAACAUGGACGGGACGGCGCUGUACGAGGCUGUGGCGGCCAUCUUCAUCGCGCAGCUCAAUGACUACCCCCUGGACGUGGGUCAGAUCGUCACCAUCAGUAUAACAGCUACAGUGGCGAGUAUCGGAGCAGCUGGAGUUCCUAAUGCCGGCCUUGUCACCAUGGUGAUAGUCCUGACCGCUGUGGGGCUGCCCGCGAGCGACGUCACUCUAAUCGUAGCUGUGGAUUGGCUGCUGGACCGCUUCCGCACGAUGAUAAACGUGUUGGGCGACGCUUACGGAGCCGGUAUUGUCCAGAAGCUGUCCAAGAGAGAGCUGGAGAGGAUGGACCUGGUGUCAGACGUGGAUGUGGCUAACCCUUUCGCCCUGGAGACCACUUUAGACGACGAAGAGUGCGAGAAGAAAUCAUAUGUCAACGGAGGAUUCACAGUGGACAAAACUGAUGCGAUCUCCUUCACUGAAACAUCCCAGUUUUAGACUCUGUGGUGGGCUCAGACAAGCAAGAAAGUGCCAUAUUUCUUUAGAAGCAAAACAUCUGUCGGGCAACUACAGCACUGACAAUAAAAGCAGUGGCGCUCUUACUGUAACGUGCUAACUGCGUCCGCUGUCGUUUAUUGUGAGUGAUGUAGCGUAGCCAGACAAGUCCGCCAACAUCAGCAAUAGAAGCCUCCAUGAAGUUAAAAUGAACCGACAAACGUAUUAGACGGAGAGCGGGACGAGAUGAUGAGCUUCCUUCUUCCAAAAGAGUGCCAAGAAGAAGAAUAAGGACUUUUACACAAGUGUUCUUUGUUUGAAAAUGCAGAAACAUUUCCUGAUUGUAUGUGAUUGCGUUGUUUUUAAUUUGAACAUAGUUUGCGGAUAUGUUGUGUUUCUGUCCCAUGAUGCACUGCUUGUACAGCUCUAUUUAUAUUUAAGCCUUUUUUCACUGAUUUGCAUGAAGCAAUAAGGACUGCUACUUGCAUAGUCACACAUCGAGACCUUACAAAGACUACAAAUGAAAGCUAGUGAAGUCAUCUUACACUGUGAAAUUCAAGGACAUUUUUAAACAAGCCAAAUCUCACCCCUGAUUGUACCGCGCUCAGACAGAGGAGUGUCUUUUUUACAUGUACAUGCUAAUAAUGAGAUAUUUAUCAUUUCAAUCGCAAUGUUGCUACUGUAUUUAGCGUGAUGUAGCGUAGGGGCUCUGGUCAAGUGCAUGGCAGCCUUCUACAAGCGUUUAUUGAACCUAAAUCAAGGCACACACAACAUAAACGGCAACUCAGUAUAAUAACACUGUUUUUAUUAUGAUAAUUAUGCGUGAUAAGAUAAACCCAAAUGCUAGCUUCAGAGACACUGUUUAAACUGUAAUUCAAUAACGCUUUAAAAUAUUUAUUUAACCAACACCUCCAGUGAUUUAUUUGUACUGCAGAGGCACAGAAGAAGACCUCAGACAAGGCAUUGCCGUAACAAUAAUGGAUCUAUUUACUGAGUUAGAAAGGCCUUAGAUUUGAACGGUCAUACCACAACUAACGUAAUUAAUCCGUGUAACAUGAGUUUAUUCGUUUUUCAAAAUAAAACCAAAAAUAAGAAAAUGAAAAAAACAACUAUUUUCUGCCUUAUUUGUCUCCAAAACCAAAAUGAAAAAAUGGAUAAUGAUUUGUUUUUUUCAGUUUUUGAUUUUAUGUUUAAAUGAAUAAUGAAAAAACGAAUAACGGCCGUUUCCCGUUUACGUGACUUAAACUGUAAUGCCGGACUUCUGUGCCGCAUACAGACUGAACCGGGACUAAAACAGGACUAAAACAGGUCUAAACCAAGUCUUAACCAGGUCUAAACCAGGUCUAAAUCGGGACUAAAAAAGGACUGAACCAGGACUGAACCAAGAUUGAGUGUUGGGAUGGGCCUGGAGGUGCGCCAGCCUAGAUUGUCGGGUGAUCAUGACUGAGGCCGAGACCAGACCAAGGCCAGACUGGGACCAGACUGGGACUGAGACUGGGAACAGACUAGGCCUGAGACCGGGACUCAGACUGGGUCGAGGACCGUGACUGAGAUCGGUUUAGUCCGGGUUCAGUCCUAGUUCAGUCCUGGUUUAGACCUU